GAACGCUACGCCCUUUUGCCACAGUUGACAUCAACAAGAGUCAUCACCAUUAUGCACCCCCUACUAACAACUUCAGACGAGACGCUUUACUAAAAGUUAAUAUCUCGGUCCAGGCUCAUACCAACAAGGAAAUCCCCUGGAUAAACGGGCCUCAGACCCCUCCUGGCCAAGACAGACACACAAUUGAGGGGACCAAGGCAUUACCUGCACCUCGGUUCAUCGGAUGCGGGUGCUGUCUGUCGAUACAUGGAUGCAUCACCACGGCUCCAAUAGAGCAGGUGUGCCAGCAGCCCUGCCACGCUGCAUGCUGCAUGUUGGCACUGCGUCGCAAUUGGACUCUCCAUACUCCAUACCGGUGAGCCUUGUUGUGGGGUAGAUGGCCUCAUGGCGGUACUUUCGGGGCUUUCAGGCGCAGCAACUUCACUUUCAAUCUCGGCGGCUUUUGUAUGUAUGUACGAUCCUGGGGCAUUCACAAUUGGCCCAGGUAUUCCCGUCGACCCUGCAGCCCCUCAAAGCCAACGUAUGAUGGUGUUGGUGUUGAAGUGGUCGCAGUCACAACCACAAAUCAAUCUGCAUGCUGAAAUGUCCCCCCCUCGAAGUCCUUCAAGGCAGCUAGAUACCGUCUAUUCGGAACGUAAUGCCUCUUCUCGGAAGAUCAUCCCACGCCUGAGCCAAGGUUGGAAUCAUCACAUGUCGUGGGGUCCAGAGCACGUGGGAAGAUUGAGUUGACCUCUAUCGCCCAGACAAAGGCUAUCAACAUAAUGAUUAGGGUGAUAACAUGACGAGAUAGCAUCCGAGAUGGUUUCAGAGUGUAAUAGCAACCAUGAUGGCCUUACCUUGUCUUGACCCGAUGCGUAUCAUGAUGUUGGUGUCAAUCUCCGUCCUCCGUUCCCGAUACCCCGCCAUCCUUGCUCACUGUAGAGAUUUUGACGUGAUGACACCCACCGAAUGCGGGAUUCGGGUUCGGAUCACAAGCAUCGGCGGCUGUUAAAUGCUCUUUUCAGCCAGGGCCAAACGAGAAAAGACAAAAAGACCAAGACCUGAAGAAAUCACCAUUUGAUCGGUGAGAAGGGCAUCCCUAGCUCAUCACACUGACCGGUUUGGAUCCUGGCCGCAUGUGAAGAAAUGACGCUGCAUGACAUGCAUCGAGUCCUCCGAAUACAGUCACUUUUUUCAAUGCCAAGUUUCAUCCCAACUCGUUCUUCUUUCUUGUUUUAAUCUCGCGCAACCCUUUUUAGGAAGGGACCUUUUUUUUUCUUUCUCUCUUUCUUCCGUAAUUUGUAUGUACCGACCGUUGAGUCAUGGAUUGUGAAACGGUGGGUGGGUGAUAAG